CUGGUCACGAAAGCAAACGUCUCCCAAAUCCGAAAAUAUACAGGUGUGCACCUGAUUUGUAUUGAAAAAUGCUUCGUUGAGUCCUUGUUUUAUUCUUAAAAAAUAAUUUCCUCACCGUAGUUUCAGUAAGGUUACAAGACUUAUUUAUUGUUAUACACAAUGGUGAAGAUUUAUUGUAUUCAAAUAAACAAUCUGCAAUAGUCUAAUAAACCGCUUGUUUACAUCAAACUUUUCAAGUUUUUAGACUUUACAACCAAAUGCCAAAUUUGUACUGACUAAACUACAAGUUUUAACUUAUGAUAUGGUGAGGACAAACGUUUAAGGAAAAACGGAAGUUUUGUGUUGGCCUUCCUAGGUUACGACUUCGAAACCUCGUUUAAUGCUGUCGAAUACUCGAGAACGCAACGGUGUCAAAGAUGGUCUUCUAAAAAAGUAUAAUCUUUCCAUGCAGGUAAUUUUAGAAAGUUAUCUGAUCGGGAAAUUACUAAUGGUUUAUGAAUCUGACGUGUCUAAGGUGACAAUUGCGUUAGUGAUAUGCUGCACUGACAAUUUUAUGGAGGAUUUAUGAGGCAAACGUUUUGUUACAACAAAGGAAAAGUGUAGCGUAACCAUAGCAAAUAGUUCUCUCAUGGUGUAUCGAAUUCCCUUUGUUUUCUCUUUUUAUUUUCAAACCAGGAAACAGCGUGAGUGGGUUUAAAAUGACGUUUCUGUCCGCCGGCUCAACUUAGAGAUAAUGUUAAUUUCAUGAUGUUAUAAAAUAUGUAAAGAAGCCAAUAAUUUCCGCCCAUUCGUCAUGAAAAGGAAACAAAGACGAGUAGUCGUUUUUGAGGUAAAAAAAUUCUCUUUGGAGUACUAGAAACAAACUAGAAACGUGGCACUGCAUAAUUUUCAAUCGAAUUUUGUGUUUCGUAAAUAGUUUUCGACGCAUCAACCGGAAUUUUUUUUCAUUUUUUGGACAGUGGUUUUGCCCAUUUUUUAGGACAACUUGUCUCUAUAAUGGUUAAGACACUUAGAAAUACAAAUUUGGGAGCGUCAAGGUGCUUUAAAAUGAAAAAGACCUCACUUCCGGUUGACGUGCGUCGCUCAAAAACGCCGUUGCUUAAGCUCCCUAUUGUUGAAUAUCAACUUCCCUAUUAGCUUCACACUAAAUAUACUUUAAGAGGCGACGGAUCUCCCAAAUUUAGUCUUAUUUCUGAAGUAGAGAUGUUUCUUUAUAGAGAAGAGAGACAAAAGAGAACUCAUUUCAUUGUACUCGACGACGGUGGGAACGAUCGGGUUGGCAAGACAAUUAACAGUUUCACUGUCGUUCUGUCUUGUGUUCCUGAUCUUCAAUCGUUUCGCGACAUUCCAUCUCAGAAAAACGGAAAUCUCAAACUUCAUGUCGCCUUGGUGCGGGGUUCUAAGACAUCUGACAUGAAUGUCAAGAGACCAUUUGUUUAGUUCCCCAUUCGUUAACCUUUCAUUCCGCCUUAUAGACGCCUACAAGGCCCAGACCAAUCCUAGCACAGUAGCCUCUGUAGAUCCCCUACCCCAUCCCCUAAAAUAGUCGGAAAGAGGGGCCGAUUUUGUUUGAGGGGAGGAGAGGGGGCGGCUGUACAAUAAUAAGUACAAUUCCGCUCAGUGCAGUAAGAAGCUCAGUAAAAUUGCGAUUUGAAAAGUCGAUCUACACUACGUUUUGGAAAAUGAAGAACUAUGAAACCCUAGUAAUGCUCACGGCGAACUCUCGAAGCUGGCGUGGCGAUGACAGGCGAAUACAGCCGCCUCUCUCUGAGCUCCUGUCGCGCCUAGGGAUGUUUCGAUAGGUAGGGAUAAUCACAGUAUUUCGAUCCAUAACAAACAUGGAUGUGGUCAAGAGCCAUAAUGGGACCUCUUGAUGUGGUCGAUUUUCGUGAAAGUUUUCAAAAAUUGUUAUUUUACUUGAAGGGUCGAUUACACCAGCUUUAGGUGCUAGAGGAGGACAAACUCGACAACUUUUUGUUUUGUUGUUAUAACGUACCACUGAGGAUUUUAAGGCCGAAUUUUCCCCGGUACGUUGCUGAAAUACGCUUUUUGAGAUCUGCGAUCCAUCUGGGCCGCGCGGGACGAGGGUACGGGUCUCACGUGUAAUUCGUAAGAGGAUUCCCCGCGUGCUACUCGCGCUUGAGAGCAGACGCCAGUUCUCGCAGGCUAAACUUUCCGCUUCUCUGUUGCAGCUCUCAGCAUGGCUCUUCCCUAUGGCAUGAUUGCUCCUCCUGGAAUGGACCCUCGGAGCCUAAAUUUCUACCCUUACGGCAGCCCGGUAAUGAGCUUUCAAAACUACGCUGCCAGCUACGGACAGGGUCCACGAGUCAAAAAUAGUGAAGAAACAACAGCGUCAGACAAAACAAGUACUGCGUCCACUCACGUAAGGUCAGUACAGUAAAAUAUCAUGUGAAUAAUCAUGAACGGUGCCAAGUCUAGCAUCCCUAGGGUUAUGUAUCCCUCACCCUAGGGAUUCACGUAUCCGUAGGGUCAGGCCCGAAAACUGUUCAAUUCUAUGUUUCACUUUUCCUCAGGAAAAGUAAAGUCACGUCUUGGGUGACUCGGUGUUGUAGGUUAGCAUCAUGAAGUAACGAAUAAAAUUCAGGGUUUUUUAUUCUUUCAAUAUAUAAAAGCUAAAACUCGAGAACGCACAAAAAAAUUUUAAAUACAUUUCUUGCUUGCAAAAUACUGGAAAAUUAGUGUUCUCAUUAACGCAUUGUUUUCUAAAAGCGUUGAUUGAGAGAUCUUAAGGUCUUCACCGCUUGUUCAAUACGGUGUCGCUUUUCACUCUACAUUCUCUUAUGAACGACUUCUUUGCGCUGAGGCUGAGCAAAAACUCAGUGAUCGUUCUUAUUUUUGGGAAGAUUUGAACCUCAAAACGUUUUCAAGAUGUUCUCAAAUUAAAGGUUGUAAACAUGUGGUUGACAGGCCUGCAUGACUUUUAUCUCACACGGCGGAAGAGGCAUCAGUGCAUACCAAGCAUUUACUACAUUGCUUAUAGUUAUGUCUCUUUAUUUUUUUUUUCUUGAAACUGGUGUUCUUAACUGGCAUUUAAGCUUGAGCUACGUUCUUAGGAUGUUCUUAAUUUUCCCUCCUUUCUCUUCCUCAAUGUUCUUAUAAUGAAGGUUCGUAUAAAGAGUUUACUGUAGUGAUGUGAAUGCAUGGUUACUGCUGUUUUAAUAAGUCCUAUAAUGCCCUUAUUUAUUUUCCCACGGAGUACAACGACUCCUGCAGAAUCAAGAUGCCACUACUUGUCUUUUGAAUCAUAGCUAACAAGGACUAUUAGACAUCCGAAAAUAAUGAUUUGUAUAUUGUAAUACUGUUCGUGACAAAAGUGUACAAUUUUUUAUGCCUUUUUUAGCUGUAGAUAAAAAAAUUCAGCGUCGAACGGAGGAGCGGUAAUUUAGAUAUAAACCUAAUCCGCCAAACAUCGCCAUUCGGUCGCGGUGACACAAUUAUAUAUUGAUUGGUGAUUUUUCUUAUGGUGAAAUUUUAAUGUUAUGUAAUUAAACGUCUGCCAGCUGGAAUGGUAUCGGGGAUCAAUGGAUUAAAAGGUUAACAACCUAACUCUUAAAACGACUAUCAGUUCUACUUUCAACAAAAAUUUGAGAAAUAUUCAGUGUCGAAUUUUCCACCAUUUCAGAAAACUCGUGGGAGGUGAUUCCUCAAUUUGAAUCGUAGAUCAGAAAAUUCAUCGCUAAAUGCGGUAAUUUGUCUUCGGAUCUUAGCUUAAAAUAGAUUGAUGCGUUUUGAAAAAAUUAUUACUCUCCCCCUAGGGACGCUCAAUGGGAAAAUUUGUAGACUUUCCAUGCUCGAAAGCACGUUUGUUUAUUCUUUCAUUGUUCUAGUGUUAAUGUUUUUUGGUUUAUGAAGGCUAGCAGCAAUUUUACAGAAAAUGAAUGUUCACAAACAAGCAGAUGUUAUUAGUUUGAAUUAUCGUAGCUGACCGCGUUUCCUUCCUUUGAUAGCCAAUUUUUUACUCUCCAAAAAUAGUCAAUAUUUAAGCAAUAGACCGCACUUUCUAUGGGUUUACCGGCGUGAUAACCCGCGCGGGAUGUUGGGAGAACACGAGAAAAGCUUGUAAAUCACGAGCCGAAGGCAAGUGAUUUACAAGUUUUGCGAGUGUUCCUCCAACAUCCCAAGUGGUUAAUUACGCCGGGCCCCAUAGAAAGUGUGGUCUAUUGCUUUUAUAAAAUAACUUUAAGUUUUCUAUGAGUUUACCGGUACAAUAAACCAUAGGUUUUUAACCAAUCAGAACGCUCGUACUAUCUGAGUUAGUUUAUAAAUGUAUAUAUUAAGCAUUACUUAACCAUGCAUUGAAACAACAACAAUAAUAAACAGUUAUUGGAUAAGGUUUUUGUGAUAUCCAGAAUAAUCAAGGUCAAGGUAAGUGUUACACAAUAUUACAAAAACCGAAUCUAACACUUGUUUUGUUAUACAUUGUUUUCAAGAAAAUAAGGACAAACACACCCGCAUCGAACGGAACACAGUUUGAUAUUGCUCUUGAAAAUCAUGCAUUGUGCGCGCAGCCUAGAGAUUGGUCACUAAUCUGCUAGCAGAUGACCAAUAAGUCUGUAGGUUGCCCUGAUUUCCAAAAUUAACUGUAGGCUCCUACCCAAUGAGUAGACAGAAAGCGAGUACAAUGUAUUUUGAUUAUAAUUAUUAUCAUUAUGGAUGACCUGUGGUAAGCGAUGUCAUUUAGUUUGGGUUAUGUGACUUUGUUGAUCUUAAUUUUUAUAACUCUUUUACUCCUCACAGAUCCACCGAGUCAACUAGCCGAUCCUCAAAAGAACCCAUGCGUACGGAAAGCGUUAUAAAAACAGUAACAGACAAGCAGGAUCCUGUAAGGAAGCCCAGCGAUCCGGAUAAAAGAAAUGUAACCGACUCUCAAGGCUCUAAUAUGCACAUCAAGUAUCCUGAUAACGAUACCGGAAGUGAACUUGGAAGCUCGGUCGAUGGGAAGAAAGUGUUACCUCCGCGUGACUCGUCGUUACGUGACGUGCAGUUGCGUGAACAUUCAUUGCGGGAUGCUCAGCACGACAAACAGCCUAAGGUAAAUGACUUCGACUGGACUCGCGAAAAGUCAUCAAAAUCGAAAUCAAUUGAACAUUUAGGAGCUGAAUCUUCUGGCAUUAAAAGACCCACUAACGGGUUGUCUUCUUGGACAUCUGAGAAUGGCUCGUUCUCUUCACACGAUAAAAGCAUUAUUUCAUCAGAGGCUCGUUCCUCCCCGUACCCUGCAAACGAACCACCUACGCUUUUUCCUUAUCACAGCUCUCUUCCGCCAAGGUCCUCAUCCAGCUCAACACAUUCAAAUGUGCCAUCGACCAUGCCAAAGCUCACACCUAUCGCUAUCGCUCCGCGCAUUAGUAACGCCUCUCAUUUGACCUCAUCGUACUCCGCUGACGUUGAACAUAGACACUCUCCUUCAUUCGCCGCGAAGAGACAAAAUUACGUUUAUUCCACGAACCCCAUUUCCUCUACGCCGUCUGUAAUGGGUCACAGCGGUGUUUUGCCUUGGACUGCAAACGGCCCCGGUAAACCACCUCAGGGAGACAAGACGGAAGAUAAUUGGAGAACUAAACAAUACCCUCGAGAGGAUCGUGAUUUGAAUAAAACAGCUGGUUACGAAUCGGCUUCAAAAGUGCAUGUCGCCAGAAACUUUAACCCACAACCAUGGGAGCGAUUUCCUCACUGUAGUCCUCUCGCUUCCCACUUGCGUGCAGUGGGUGCUGACAAAGGAUUCGGCAAGAAAGACACUGAAGAUACGGAUUUCAGAGACCUCUCUCGCGAUACUUCACGCGAAGGUAUAAACUCAUCUGAACAGUCUCAAGUUAAAACUGUAGCAGCAAACAAGUUCGGGACUGUGCCGGUGAAUUUAAGGAAGGAAUCGGAUCUCGCAGGCACUAAAAUUACUCCAAGCGUUAGGCAAGAGGAUUAUCAGAGAAAUCAGCCUCUCGUGGGUAGAAAUGAGAAAUCUGUUGUUGGUGAAUACGUUAGUUACAACAGCAAGACCGAAGAUGCUAAGGGUAAUCUGGGGAACGUUAUUGUCCAAUGGAAAGACGGCCCCUUCCGAGUGUCGGUGGAGAGGCGAGAAGGAGGCCAAAAAUAUCCAAAACCGGAGAUGUCAAAACCUUCAAAGACAGAACACAACAGGGCUUUCAGUAAUGGUUAUAGUAAUUACGAUGGAAGGGGUCAAGGCUUGCCACAUUCGGAGCUUAAAUCUGCGCGCAAUGAUAAAGGAAAGGAAGAUCGUGCGAGAAUUGUCGAACCCCUGCGUUCUAGAGAACAAGCCUUGUACCAAGAGAACUCCGAGCGAAAAUCUGAUUCUCGAGAACUAUCGUCUGUGAGCGACGGCAGGAAGAACAAUGACCGCAACAAUAACAGCACGCCUUUGGGCGCUUUUCCGUUUUAUAAGCACGUCCCCAGUGGGUUUCCUUUAGGUGGUAGUGUAGAACAAAAGAGAUUUGUUGAUCGAGCUGUGGUUAAUGACAGUGAAGUUUCCAUUCCGCCAAACGUAACACUUGACAAAUACGAGAGGCGGGAACAAGAAAUGGAGAAAAACGGAUUGAAAAGGACUGAAGUAAACUCUUUUCCCAGAAGCGUAGAGGGUAGUCAUUCGUUUAUUACAAAAGAGGAUGACUCGAAAAGGAACGAAGAAUGGCGAAGUCUGCCGAGACGAGACGAAGCAAAACCGAAAGCGCUCACAGGAAAGUUUGAAAAUGGCAAGCGGAGUGUUGACGCUGAAGAAAUAAGUUCGGAUGAGAAUGACGAUGGACACAGACGAGUAACGAGGGAGACAGUCUCCCCAGAUAAACGAGCACAACUUCGAGUUGCUCAAUCGUCCGACAGAAGAACUGCGUCUCCUGCGGCCGGCGCUGUACGGCAGCGUCGUCUUUCGUCUCCCUUAUCUGAGCAAAGAAGUGGCACCGCUGACAAAAGACACAUGACCGCAUCAAACAACGUCGGAAUGCCAUUUGGAGCCAGUCUUCAAAGUAGAAGAAUUCCUAGCGACGGCAGUGAGGGUCAUUCGCGAGAUUCUAGUACAGAAUCAAGGAUGGAAGAGCUAGGAAAUUCUGGUCCUGCUCAGUUUCUUAGGAUGGACGGCGGAGCGUUUCCUUCGCCCUACUUUGGACAGCUAUUACCAGCUCCGCAAGGUCUCUCCGAAGCGCCCCUCUUGCUUCUCGAUCCAGCGUUUUACGGUGCCAUGUAUCGUCCUCAUAUGAUGGAGACCCCCUCGCAAGGGAUUUUUCCACCGGGUGGCUUUGCCACUGAUCCCAUGACAGGCCAAAUUAUGAUGCUCCCGCAGCUCCCGCCUGAAGCUUACAUCCAGAUGGGUGAGUCAUUAUCAAUCGUCUUCGAUAAACAUCUCAUGCAACCUAGAAAGGAUGUCCCAGAAUGCUAGAAAACUGGGGCCGUUUCUCGAAAGUCCCCGUAAUCAAAUAAAUAUUCAAAUCCAAAUCUAAGGAAUAAAAUCUCAGGCCCUAGCUAACAAACCAGUCCAUUUUGUUUUAUUAACUGAUAUUUUUAUCAUAUUACAGUGAAACCUGUAUUAAGCGGACACCUUCUGUUAAGCGGACAGUAGCCGAAGUCCCCAAAUUUAUUUCCCUCAUUUACUAAAAAUGAAACCUUUAUUAAGCGGACACCUCUAUUAAGCGGACGCGGACACCUAAAAAGUACCCGAAAUGGUCAUUUCUAUUGUUGCCAACCUGAAUUAAACGGACGCUUGUAAUUAAAUUCCAUCACCCAACAUGCCAGACACCGGAAAUACGAAAGAUUGCUUCGAACUGCCACCCACAAAUGUUUCGAUUUUUACAUUAAAAAACGUGACUUGACGAGCUUAUUUGAUUAGUUGCACAGUACAGUAUUGUUUUGUAUUUCGUUUUGUUUGUAUAGAGCUUGUUUCACUCAUCUGAUUUCUUCAAAUUUGAGUUGCAAUCUAUGUUUAUGGUACUAUGAUAUUUUGGUUCACUUUGGUAAAGAAAUGAUUGCAAACGCAUAUCGUCUUAGUCUCUGGGAGUAUUCUAAACGUUUCCACUGUUCACUGAUUUGAAUGGCAUUUGACACCUCAUGACGUUAUCUAUCGAAACCUGUAUUAGGCGGACACCCUGUAUUUAGCGGACACUUCAGCAUUCCCCGAGUGCGUCCGCUUAAUACAGGUUUCACUGAAUCUGGAACACUGUUGAAACCUCGAUCUUGAAUGUAAACUAUAGCAGCUUUCCCGGCCCGAGAAUUAUGGAGUAUUUUCGGAAACAGGUCCCUGGAGACUUUAGCUGGAGACGAUGACGGAUAAACGUUUAUUUAUCUUUUUACUCUAUAGUGAGUACGACUUGAAGUUUAAAAUGUGGAAAGUAUCAUGCAAGUAAACUGUGUGGAGUGUGUGAAUCCUUUCAGAUAUUUUACCCCUUCAGAUACUAGGAGUACAUUUUAAUUAAACUUCUGUUAGAAUAAUGUAUAUAGUGUAAAUAUUGCGAUAAGAAUUUCAGUUUUUAAUCUUCACUUGUAUUUUUAAUUUUGAGUUUUAGAUAAGAAUUUUUAAAUUGUAUUUUUAUAUAUUUGUGUUCUAUUAUUGAUGUAAAUUUUUAACCUACAAAAUUUUCUAUUUGGAACAUUCAGUUGUAAGGCGCCAUGAGCCUACGGAUAUGGCGCUAUAGAAAUCGUUAUUAUUAUUAUUAUUAUUAUUAUUAUUACUACAUACUGCGAGCAAGCUUUAAAUUUAGAAAUCUCCAGAGGUUACGCGCAUCGCGUGACCUCUCGCCUCGCUCAUUUCUCAAAUUCAGAGCUUAUUGCAUGCAUGUAAGUACCACGACUAUUCGAGGUUUUGUCAUUGUUUGAGAGUGUUUGUUUUUGUUUAUGUUUCAAGUUGCGGCCGAGAACGCGUUUAUGAACCCGAUGAUGGAUCCAAGGGUUGCUGCCAUGUGGGGAAUGCCCGGAGCGUUGGACGAUCCCCAAUGGCAACAGUUCUACCAAAGGAUGCAACAAGAGCAGCACAAACAACUUCUUGAACAAAGCAAGCAAGAGUUCUUGAUGGGUAAACAAGGUGCCCCGUUUCCUUUGGCUCCUCAUCCCUUUUUCUUUGGUGACAAACGUCUUGAGCAAAAGCGGAAGGUAUCAGUAAACGUUUAUUUUCUUUAUUAUAUCGCCUACAUAUGUUGGUUUGGUUUAUCAGAAGUGGGUAGUGCUGUAUGCACGCUGUCUGGCUAGCUCGGAGAUGAAAAGAUUCUUAUCACUUCUCGCGCGCAGAAGGGGUUUGAACGGGGUAUGCCUGUUGGCGUUUUUUUUUUAUCGUUUUUUUUUUCGAAAACACCGGGAGACUGAGUUCUGCGUAAGCCUUUCAGUGUAAUGAGAUCUGCCAUUGAUGGCCAGAUAAAAGAAUGAACUAAAGCCAUAGCUAAGCCUAACUAACAGUUUCCUGAAUAGGCUGCAGGUUCAUAUUGAUAUUGGGUCCCUGUCCCAAGGUCCUGGAUCCCAGGCCAGAGAUCGAAAUAAAAAGCUCGGGUAGUUUUAAUACUGUGAAAACAUUUACAAAAAUGUGCAUUUUUUUAAAGAUAAUUUAAGCAAAAUGCACCAAGAUCAUGUGAUUCAAAUUAUUUUAUUAUGUUCUUUAUCAAGGAGGAGAUGCAAGACGUUACGUCUACAGAGCAGCAACCGAAAUCACGAGAAAUUCAGCAAGAAUCCUCGGGAAGUCAACCCAAGGAAACUGGGACGAGACCGAAGGUGGAACCACUCGCGCCACAAGAGAGGACACAGCAUGUGACAACUUCUCCGCGCGACAGCGAGAUUGUUGAAAAGAAGGAGACAACCAAUCAGCGUGAGGAAAAGCCGGUGAUUGACAGCCGCCGAAUGAAAGAAGUCCAUCAAAACCUCACUGAAAAACAAAAAGCUGUUCAAGCUAAACUUGUUACCCAGGUAAUUAUACCUUAAACCCUUUAACUUCAAGAUCUGAUUAGUAAUUCUCCUUUCUUGCUGCUUUACAUUUUAUUAUACAUUAGUUAGGAGAAUCUGGGGUUAUAUCAAUAUGGAAUCAUCUGGCUGAUAAAUUCACCUAUUCUCAUCACCUAUCUGUUAGAAAAUGUAUUGGAGAUAAUUAGGAGAAGUUACACCUCAAUCAUUUCUGGAAGUUAAAAAUCAAAAUGUAAAAAUCAAAACUUAUGAAUUAUGAACCGUCAGACACGAUCGUUGAUUUGCUACGCUCCCUCGAUUUUCUCAAGUCAAACGCAACUGUUUGGUUGGUGUAAUUUUUCUUUUUUCAGUUGCUUCUUUUUAGAAACGUUAGCAAACGUCUGCUCAAAAUCGUUUCGAAACUAUACUGCCAUCUCUCAUUAAUUAAUUGUUUAAUUUGCUGAUUUAUAUUCAGGAACAGAUGGCCAAACAGCUGGAAGAGUACUUGUCCCUAGAUCGCCUUUCGCAGUUUCAAUUCCCAGGACCACAGGCUAACUUUCGCAGGGAACGCUCCUCAGUAAACCACACAACGCCAGUAACAACCGCUUCCGCUGGAACACUUGAAGCAGAUCGUAACAGCGUCUCUCCAAAGACAGUUUCCGCUGCCGUUACUCUGUCGAGCUUGGAAAAAUCACGCACCCAGGAGAUAAAUUCUGCGGGAAGAUCGUCACCUCAUCAAAGUAACGAGACACGCAUUGUAAGUGCUCAGAACAGCCUUGUCGACCGUGCAAAAUCUCCAAGAUUACGGCCUGGGACAGAGUCGACGAUUUCUAAUGAAAUAGGUACGAGUAAAUGUUACUGUAAAAUCAUCAGCAAAAUAGACGUGCAUUCAUAAACAUUGCCCGUAAGGUGUGCAGGGAUGCCUACAACCCUUUACAGCGAAUUAUCGUUUCCUCUCCUCUGGCAUAAACACUGUGACCCGGUGUAAAUAAAGAAAGUUUCACUUCCGCACAAUUUCUUUUAAAGUUAAUUUAAGUUUAUUCUCGUCUCCAGAGCUGCGCUCCUUUUGGUCAGCGCCACAGAUCGAAGGCUCUGGUUGGUUCCAGGAUAACGCGUAAGCGCUAAAGCUGUUCAUUUUAGUUGUUAACCGUUAUUGUUUCAAAUUUUUUGAGGCUGCGCUAAAAACCGGAAACUAAGGAAUCGCGGUUCCUGUUUCACAACCAGCUAGAGCUCUCAUUCCAAGGCUCUAGCCAAAAGGAUAUCUACUCUGGGGCCGAGAAUAAGUUAAAUUAAGUAGCAAAGCCUUUUUGACUAUUAUUGAUGUAUCACUGAACCAGUCAUUUAGCUGCUGAAGAGCUUAGAGAAUGCUAGCCUGCGAUAAUGCCCUCCGUCUGUUUUCAGAAAACAAAAUAAACAUAGAAAUAACACCUGAUCGCAGGUAAAUAGAAGGCGAGAAUGUGCCAAAGGAGAAUGUUCGGUGUAACCUGAUCUUUCGCCAUGCUUCGACGCUAGAAGGCAUGUGCUCACGCCACUGACCACUGUAAGGCCUGAUGCUAGCUUUGUUAAGUAAUUAUCAACGUUGAAAUGUUAAUAUUGGGGCAAUGUAGUGACAAACUAUUUUUGACUCUGCAGUAGAAAAGCCACGACGGCUAGAAGCACAACCCAAUCUUGUGGGCGAAAGACUGGUUUCGCGGGAAUCUCGAGAAAUUGCUCCAGAGCAGGUCCCGUCACAGUUCGCUCACAAACUGAUGGCGUUUGGAAGUAUUGCGUCUGAACAUCUCUUAAAAGAGAAAGCCAAACAGGAAUCAGAAAGAGAGAGAUAUGAAGGACCGUUUUGGGCUCUCAACAGAGGUCUUGCUCUAAACUUUGACGAAAUGUUGCGUGGUGGCACAGAGAAAUCUCUGGCGGGAAAUUUUGAAAGACACUUACUUGGAAAGGAGAACUCAAAAAGAACUGAAUCGUACGGUGACCUUCUUACUUCUUUAGUCAAGUCAGAAAUUGAACGCUCUGAGAAAGAUCGACAACCUGUAGAAAUUGGAUUGAGGGAGAGUGUAGAAUCUCAAGUAGACCCUAGGGGAAAUCUUCAAACUCUGGCCUCAUCUGAAAAACUAUCACCAGUAGAACAUCUUGGUGGUAAUUCCGAUUAUGAAGACGAUUUUAGAACAAAGUGCGAGAUUAGGAGAAUUGCAUCUUCUUUUGUGCCUCUCGAGCCAGACGUUGAAAACAAGGAAAAUUCCACGAUAUUUUCACUAAGGCCUUUUAAGUCCGACGCUGAGCGAAAGCAAAUUCGGGAUAACAUCGAUCGUCUUCGUUUGAUGGCGAAGCGACGUAACAGCAAAGACCGCUUUAUGGUGUUCAGUCGCCGAAGAGAUGUUCGGAGUCCAACGACGAUUCUGAAUAGUGUAACGAGUGCUAUUAACGAUGUGGCGGGUUUGGAAGCGGUUGAGAAAGAAAUGCGGAUGAAACUAGCCGAGUUACAGAAAAGAUAUAGAGAGAAACUCAGGGAGCUCGCCCGGCUGCAGCCCAAAUAUAGGUAUUAUUAUUAAUUAUUAAAAACUGAAUCAUUGGAUAAUGCAAUUCUAGAGCUCUGAUUGGCUUAUACCAUGCUCUCCAAAUAUGGUAACUGUACGCGUCUGCUCAAAAGUAAAAACAAGUUGUAAAUCGUUUGUUUUUCCAAGCGAAGUCGGAAAGAGUUCUCGAUAUUUUGUGGGCGGUUUUAAUAAAACAAUUAUUUCACUCGCGCUUGUUGGAUAUGAGACGGUUAUAGCCAUUUCAGCGCUACGCGCCUCGUUGUCUCCCUACCAUCUCAUAUCCAACGCGCACUCUUGGAAUAAUUGUUAAUUAUUUAGUUGACCUAAUCAUUCCCUCGCGAUUGAAUGGGAAAAUCAACACGUGCGCACCGAAAAGAAGUCGUGUACAACGGAUGUCCUUUGUUUGAUUUAAGUUAUUGUGGUAAUAGUCAACACUAAAAAGUUGAAAAAUAUGUUCAAAGAAUAUCAUCGCAGAAAAAGACGCAACUUAUGCAGUUGCGAAAGGAAAGCCUGAAAAAUUCAGGCUUGCCGGGAUUUGAAUUCUAACCUCUGCGAUAACAGUGCUCUGCUUUACCAAUUGUGUAAGCAAACCAACUGGGAGCUGGUCAUUAAAUUGGCCAUUUCCGAGUUCCCCCGGGCCUCUGUAUCAAAACGAGGUUAAGUGCUCAGCCUUUGAUAUGGAAAUGAUUUUUCAUUCUCAUGCAAAUAAGAAUCAUUUUCAAAAGAAAGGUUGUGCACUUGGUCUCAUUUUGAAAGUGAGGGUUUUUUAAACUCGGAAGUGACCUAUUGGUUUCUAAUAUUCCCGGAAAAGAUGGAGAGGAAAUUAGUGAAAAUAUGAAUUUCAUAGAUAUGAAAUUUACUUGUAAAGGUAAAAUUACAAAUUCUGGCAUGUGCUUUGUAAGCACCGAGAAAUCCACCAAAUAUGGUGUUUAUGGUGAUAACCUGCGUCUGGGAAAUAUACACGGCUGCAAGUCAAAUUUUUCUAUGGAAGCAGGAAGCCCAAAAGCGGAUUUCAAGUCAGUUUGGACCUGCGGGUAAUUGAAAUCAGUCCCAGGUGCUCUGGAAUCCAUCUAUUUACUUCACGUGUAUUGAUUUCUUAACCAAAAGAACUUUAAAACCCUUUCAAAGUCAAAAUUCUAUAAAAUUUCCAAAUUUCAUACUGUGAAAUGCUGAAAAACAAAUGUUACCAUGUAAGAGGUUUCGUGUAAAUGCUCAGCGCGGGAUUUCGCUCACAGACUCAAAAGCUCAAUUAGAAUCACCUUGCAAGACUCCAUCAUUUAGUGAAAGGGUGAAGUGAACUUCUUUAAAUCGCCUCAUGUUUCGCUGGAUUUGUAUGAUUUCGUCAGAAAGCCUCAGUUGCUGUUAUUGUAACCUUUGCAGUAUUGAUGAUGGUAACGGCAAAUCGACACCGAUCAAGAGAGGUCCCGGGAGGCCACGGAAGCGAAAGUACUUUGGUGCAAGUUGCAAGGGCGACAAGCAUUCCCCAGUACCUACAGCAGACGAAAACAAAGAAGGCGACGAAACUCCACCAGCAAGUAGAACUCAGACUCCCGAGCCAAAUGCUGCCGCAAGCGAAUCAGAGAGCCUGGUUUCCAAAGACAGCGAACCACCCAAGAAAAAGAAAAAGAAGACGAAGCAGAGUAGUAACCCUGUGGAGCAGGAGGGACGCGCGACAGCGAUACCGAUUCUAGGGAUGAGUCCUGUGGAACUUACAGUAAGUAUGAUAUUCAUCUGGAUAAAUGGUCAGACAUUUACGCAUAUGAAUAAGCCAAUUUUUCAAUUUUUAUAAUUAUGUUCUCUUCUUUACAAAAUUUCUAAGCCAACCUGAGAUUUUCCUCUCAAGUCGAUUCAAUUUCACUCAGUUACCGAGUUUGUGACCUCUUCUUUAGGAUAUACAAGUUCACAGUACGAAGAAAAAGAAAUCUCGCAAGCCAUCUGGUGUAGAAGAAGAGGUAAGUGAUUUUUUUACUUGUACUAAGCAAACUGUCUUUCUGUGUCGCUUACUUAGAAGCUCCACAUAUCUCAAGGUAUGUUUCAACAAUAAAGUUACUAUUUUAGGCGUAUUUAAAUCCAUUUUCCAGGGCAGGGUUCCUGGGUUAAACCCAGGCCCCAAUUGUUGAAAAGGCUAUCUACUGAAUAAAUCUAUAUGGAUUAGAUAGUGCAAUUGGUUUCCGUUAUACUUGUUCACUGGAUAGUCAUUUAUCCGGUGGAAAGCGCUAUCCGGCAUUUGAACAACCGGAGCCAGGACGCUCCAAUUCUUUUAUUUUUUAAAUGUUUCUUUUUGUGGAGGGGCGGAGUCAGGAGUGGAGCAAACAAAGUGUAUUAAAAAAUAGAUAAUCCCUUUGCUCAGCGAUGGCAGUUUCCAGGCACGUUCGCGUAUUUCUCAAAUCCGGGCUUUUAUUUCGCGUUCGUGCAUUUCGCCCUCUCCUCUAACCCUCAGAAUGGUCCACACGUUGUCUGUAAAGCAGUGUCUCAUGAGAGAGUAGCAUUUAACACGGAGACGCCAGGCUUAAAAUUCUUCACAGUGAAACAUUCGUUAGCUCAGUGAAGCUACUUUCCUUUUUUCCGUUCACUUGUACAGUAAAAACACACGAGUAAGAACCUGGUUUUUAAAAACCUGUUUGGCUGAAAUUUGCGAGUGCAUGGGCCCCCGCUAUACAAGAACCUGUUUAGCCUAAAAUUUGAAGCACGCUCUUAUUUUCUUAAGUCUACAUCGGUACGCUUCAGCAAGUGAGAUGAGUCAACAUUUACGAUUCUCUUUUAAGACAUAUGUGCCUGAUUGACUCCCACUGCAAUUAUAUGAUGGUAUGUAGGGUUUAUAUAAGGAAUGAGCCGAACACCGAUAAAUACUCUUAGCUACAAUGUAUUUUUUUUCCAGAGAAUAGGAACCUAUUUGUAUAGGUAAUAGCUUGAUUUGUAGUGAUAUUUGGCAUAAAUACCACGAGUAAUAUUUCGAAAUUGUUAUUAGUAAUUUAAUUUGAGACACUUUUGAAAUAUCACGAGUGGUAUUUAUACCAAAUAUCACGUACAGAUCAUGCUAUUAUUUGUUUAUACUACUACCCGCAAAGGUUUUGUAAUAUUCACAUGUAGGUAUUUCAAAUUAAGCUGAAAUACCACUGCUCGCUAACUUAGCUAGGAACAUGCGGGUUCUUACUGCCGGGUUUUUACUGUGUUUCAGUCCAUCAUAACGAUUCCCAAAACUAAGCCGAACCCUGACGGAAAGAAGAAGAAGACCGCUGGCGGUAGUAAACGAAGAAAAGGAUCGCCGACAGAAGGAACACUCGAUCAACAGGUCAAUGUACGACAACUACCUGGUGAGUAAAAAAUACUUGGCUGUUUGGUGUGCCUGUUUGGCGCACUAGCCACAGUCAGCCCACUCAGUCGACUCUUCACCUUAUUUCUGUAAAGCGAAUCGACUAGGGUUACUUUGAUUGCUACUCGGUUACUCGUCAUAUGUGGGUUGAGUGUGUUGUUGCUUUUGUCGUUUGCUUCCCGGGAAUUUUCUCCAAGUAAUCGCGUUUUGUCCUCUUUUCUAAACCAACGUGUUUAAAUUUUGAUUCGAUCUGGAAAGUGUCUCAUGUCAUUUUUUGAAACUGUCCAUUGUCAGCCUUUCUAACUAAAAAUUUGGUUUGUCAGUUUGUUCAGUGAGAUGAUGCUAACCGGUUUCACAGAUUUGCUUGACUGUUGCGCGUUUUACCACUCAAGUUCAAACUGUCUUGCAACAAAUCAGGUUAUUGCAACUUGCGUGAAUACUGACAACUGAUUGGGCAGAAUUACGCGGGAGUCACGCUAUACACGGGACUUGGUCAAUUGGUGCCAGACAAGUUUGCCGUGGCCGGUAAAGCGUGCAACAUGUACAGAUUUUGUUACAAAAAGUAGAACUUCUCUCUACUUUCUUCAAUAACUUUGCGCAUCCUGCUAGAACCUAAUCGUUGCAAGACAGGUUUGAUUCAUGGGUGGUAAAACGAACAACACCGUUUUUCAACUCAUUUUGCUGCAAUGUUGCAAAACAAGUGUUAAUGAUGUAUGAAAUAAAUCAUAUAUGAACUGUGGAAAUGGAAUGAAAAUGAAGAAAUGAUCGUCGCAGUGAACGCAAUUUAUGCAAUUGCGUAAAGAAGCCUGAAAAAAAAAAAUAAAUCAGGAGUUCAACGGGGUUUGAAGUCGUGACCUCACGAUACCGGUGCGAUUCUCUACCAACUGAGCUAUGAAGCCACUGACGUUAAGAGCAGGUCAAUUGUGGGUUCAUAUGUUCCCGUGAAAACAAGUUACACGUUUUUGUUGCCCGUUUUUACGUACCUUUAAACCCCACACAGACCCUCUUCCGUUUCUAAAAAACACGAUGGGAUAUGGAACCACAGGUAGUUCAACAUGCUUUCCAUUACACACUGUCUAUCACGUAGGACAAAAAGAAAAAUUUGACUUUGUGGGAAACAUUUAGGACGUUUCUUUGCUUGCAGUUGUUCCUGAAGUAAGUGCUACAGAAUUGGAAACUGAUGUUACAGAAGCAGAAGUUUCAUCCAAAAACACCAAGACCAAGAAACUAAAACCAAAGAAACGAGCUCGUCCCAAGCUAACUAUCGACAAUCUGGACGGUUACGAAGGCAAGGUGGACGACGAGUCACCACUGGACAGUACAGCGAUAUCCUGUGAAACACCCCAGGCGUCUACUUCGACCAAAAGCAAAAAAGCCAAGGGUACGAAAAAGAAGCGCAAAUCUACCACAAAUACUCCUCCAAAGGGAACAUUUGAAUUUCCGGAUAUGACGUCACAGGACGAGAGUUUCUCCGAAAACAGCAGCAGUGUGUCUCCUAACGAGAUUGCAAAAGAGGUUGUUGCUAUGGCAGCCAAACAAAUGGAAGCCCAAAAGAAGAGCAUGCAGAUGCAGUGUGAUAAUGACGACGAUGUGUUUACAUCCGGACAUGAUAGUCGCGACGGUUUAAGUUUACUGGCACAGGCGUCUUUCGAAAGUGUUGACAAAUCGAGCAGGCGCAAGAAAUCGCUAGACAAUUCCGUGCUUUCAGAAGACCUUCUGCAGAAGAAAAGGGGAAGACCUAAGAAAGAAACAGAGUCGCCAUCUGCUGAGCCAGGUAAGUUAGUUGACAUCAUGACCUAAUAAUUUUUUCUCUCUUCGAGCUGCGAUCCCUGUGGCUAGCGCCACGAAUUACAAGUCGGCAUUAAUGCUGCUGAAUCGUGAAUUCUAUGAUCUGUUUCUCAUGCUGACCUUAAUUACUCUAGUUUGGUUUGCUUAAACAAUUGCACUUACAGCGUGCAAAGAAAGUACUGUCCGAUAGCCCGGGGCUAGCCGAUUUUGCUAUCGGGCUAGUGAAUUCUGUUAUUAACUUGCCCGACGGGCAAGUGAAUUUUUUUGAGGAAUUCAAAUUACAGAAGAACUUUGAAAUCAGUCUGCUCAUCAAAACGUUUUUUGGGCUAGUUGAAAUGAUAUUUGGGCUAGUAAAUGUUAGCUUCAGCUUGCCCGAAUGGCAAGCUGUAAAAAUGACUUUCCUUGCACCCUGACUUACUUGAAAUAAUCGCUCUUGUCGCUUCUUUUGAAACCACUGGCAAAUCGAAGACCCUGAUUGGAAUUGGCGGUUUUCCAAUGGUGGACGCGAAUUCAAAUUUGUCAUGUUGCGGUAACAUUAAGAGCAAAAACAUCAAGAGGGGACGGGAUGGGCAUCAACAGGCCUCUUAGGUCCCAUGCGAGGUGCAGUUAUCAGCUACUUAAUACACAUCUGUUUUCGAAGAGGAGAUAUUUUCCUCCGAUAAAGUCUGUUGAUUCGGCACUAUUCUACUCCAAAAGUACAAUUUAUUUAAGCGACCCAGAGAAAUGAUGGUGCUAAGUACACUUGACACUUUCCUCUUAGACCCCGUCGUCGUUCCAAAGAAGAAGAAAAAGAAGAAGGUCCUAGAUGAGGUAUGAAAUUACUACUUAGAAUUUUUCUUCUGGAAAGAAACAUGUUGAAAGUAUUGCGUUUUGGUUAUACCGUUGGAGUCUAUGGUUAGGACUUUGCCUAGUCCCUAAGCCUGAUUAUUUCGCGCGGCCAAAGCGUUUCGGAUCACGUGGUCCAAGCGAAAAUGUUUCCCGCCCGUAGUACUUCUCGGAUACGUCACCGAAGUGAAUUGACCGAGAGGGACUGGGAAAACGCGUUGCAGGGACAAGUCAAGUUAUGACUCUGAGAGUAGAACUGCUCUACUGUGUCUGUCUGUUCAAUACAGUUAGGUUUUCCUCUUUCAUAGUCGAAUGAAGCCCUGAUCGUGUGGUCUUUUGCAAGUUUUGCCAAGUCUAUCUCUCUAUAGCCUCAACGGCGUCGUUGCACCAGCGUCUCAGCAGUGGCUCUCAGCAAAUACCCUUUCCAUCUCGAGAAUGCCAUCGAAUAAGUUUAAUUAGUGUUCAUCCACAGUUGAAAAUCGAGCUACAUGACAAGACGAUUUGCGUAAAAUAUAGUUAGUCUAGCUUUUGGAGUAAACCCCUUUGCUCCUAGACCAUGGGCGUGACGGUAUGAUGGGAUCUUUUGCCACCAGCUCUUAAACUGAACCUAAACCUAUGGUGUUACCAUUCAUUUCAAAACCUUUUUGGCAGAACCUUUUGCACCACGGUACAAUUAAUACCUUUGGAUUUGUACUAAAAGAAAUUUGUAAUUUUUGUGAACUUUUUUUAAAUGUUUAAUUAUGUUGAUAAGUAGUACUCGUUCUAUUGAAAUUCAAAUGUGGCGAAAGUUUGGGAUUAAGGGUUUAACAUAAACGGGUUAAUCUUCCAUUAGGACACAACAGACGUGCCAAAAAAGAAGAAGAAGAAAAAGAAGAAGAAGAUUACAACACAGAAAGAAGAAAUUACAGAGGAGAAACCUGCGGAAGUGCCUCAAGAAGAACGGCCUCAACUUCCCUCUUAUCAACAUCAAGACAAGGAUGAGACGAAACAGCUAGAAACAGCAGUGUUAAAUGAAGACAGUGAACCAGAAGAAGAUGUGUUUCGACCAGCCGAUGAAAUUAUUAAGGACUCUGGGGGAGGCCUUCCAAGUGCUAGCCUUUCGCGGGAAAAUGACGACUUCAAAGGAAGCAUGUCAUCGUUGCUAAGUGACGAGUGGCAACCCAGGAGGAGCGAACGGAUCUUCAUCAACAGUAGCGUGACUACCAACUCUAGUUCCAGUCCCUUGUCACCCACGACGAAGGGAAGCGAAUUCUCUUACGCAAAGAAGACUAAGAAAGGGCCUUCGGUCAAAGCUGUGAGUAUCAGCUCAAAGAUAUUUCUAUUAUGGAAAAGUUGUGUCGAGGCUGUCAAAUGAGGGAUAUUUAAGAAUUUGACGCCAGUUUUUUCUCGUCUGUCCUCCUUUUGAUGCCGGUAAAAAUGAAGACCAAACAACAGAAAACACAAGGCAAAUCGGGAAACUUAUGACUUGGUGAUUGAAUACUGAAGACAAGUAACGGAGUUUCAUUGGUUAAAAAUUUGACAGAUUCAUAUACACCAACACUUUGCAUAAAUUAGGAAUUCACUUGUUUUCCAAACUUCAGAUUAAUGUUUAUUGUCCCAAAGAAUGGGGGCUUUUGGGGACAGCACAAGGUCGUAAUCUAGCCCAAGGUUAAAAAAAAAUUUUUUUUCUUGUUGAACAGAAAAUGGCCCGGUCAGACUCACAGAUUGAGGAAGAAAUGGCGGAAAGUGACGUUGUCUUGCCACAAAAAGUGAAGACCAAGGCCAAAAAGAAGAGAGGGACUGGUAAAAGCAAAAAAAGGAUUUCUUCCGAUGAAGACUACGAACCAAUCAAAGUCUCCAGAAGAGUGCGCUCUAAAUCCAGGCAGCUGGUACAGUGCUCUUUUUCAUAGCUUUACCUAAUCCCUUUGUAGGAUAGAUAGCGAUAACAACCUUUUUGCUUCGUUUGCAGGUCGACUUUGACGAUGCAGACGAAGAAGAAGCAGACGAUAUUCAAGAGGAUGAAGAGCCUGGUGAGGAAGGAGAAACUGACGUGGAAAUAAACGUAACCGACAAAAUGGAUACGACUGUGACUGGGGAAGAAGAGCAAGAAAGACAGCAAGCUGAGGAUGUCGAGGGCGGAAGAGACAUUAAACCGGAAGUGGAGGAGCAGAAAAAGGAAGCGGAAGUUGAGGAUGAGGAAGAAGAUUCAAAGAUGGACGUGGAUGAAACGGUAGAAGACAGAAGUGACUCAAAGCAGAUAAUAACGGCCGAUGAAGUGGAAGAGUCUACCGUGAAGGAAAGCAAAGAGGUUGGUCUUUUUUUCUGUGUCAUUGAUCAGAUAUCAUUUGAAAAUUUGCCAAUACACAUAACUCUCUAGGGAAGUACCCCUUCAUAACUUCUAAAGAGCCUGCCUUUUUAAUCAUUUUAGGAAGCUAGUCAGGAAGAGGAAAAGACAGAUGAGGCUUCUUAUGAGCAACCUUUAUCACCAGGUUGGUUGUUGUUUGUUUUUUUUGUUGUUGUUUCGCGGAAAACGCGUCGCGUCUUUGAUUUUCAAUCAUAUAUUCCGCCAACAAGCACUUUUGAUGAAAGGGGAGGAGUGUUUCAAACACAAGGCGUAGAGCUUAAUAGGCUUUUGUGUCAGACAAACAAAUGGACUUGGUCAUGUCCAGCCAAGCACUUAUUUCUACCCAGCCACACCCCCAAAUAAGUAUCCCCCGUUCUAGUGUGACGGUUGACUAUGUAUAUUGUUUUGUUUCAGAAGACGUUCGUUUCACGUUUUUGACCGAGGAAUUACGGGAAGGUGCGAAGCUUCUCCUUCCUGUGGAUUCUGUCUUCUUCCCGGGACGCAUCAGUACAUUCAAUGAACCUGACUUGUAAGUGGAUCUACGCAAAGUUUUCCAAAGAGUUGCCUUGAAGUUGAUUUGCACUGACGCGUUUUUGGCUACGCACGUUAACGCACGUAAAUUUUAAUCACGUAAAUAAAAUGGAGGCUAAAGUGUUGAGAUUAAACGUGAAGUUGAGCGAGGUUCUACUUUUCCGCUUACGUGCGGCCUUUCAUACAUUGCCUCUGUUUUAUUUGCGAAAUUCUUUUAUUGACCAAACCUCUUCGGUUAAGAUGGUUGAAUAUUAGCCCCGCUGUUUGGCGUUUUUAUGGACCUCAAUUUGUGUCGCUAAAAAACUUCGGCAAUAUGAUCCAGCCAUCUUGACCGAACAAGCUCGCUCAGUAACAAAUAUUUCCUAAUUUCAGAUUCGGAGUAAUCCUGGAUGGUGAAAGGGGCCGCAGACCGCACUGGAAAUCCACAGAACAGCUGCGUACUCAGGCGGUAAGUUAUUGAACUUCCAUGGACAUCAACAAACUUCUAUGGACUUCUAGAGAGCAGUUGUGAAAUUCCCUUUGCGAAAGAAACGCUAAGCACAAGAAGGAAGUCAAUGUUUCUGGUAUUAACGAACCAAUUUUAUUUCACCGCAAAGAACUUAAAAUUUCAACCAUAUAUCUCUGCUUCCUUGAUGCGGUUGUUCCCUUCUUCCUUCAAAAUGAAUAGAUAACAGAAAUUAAUGUGCACGAGUGUUGCUUCGUUUUAACUCGGAGGAUCUUUUCUCGCUAAAGGUGAAGGAUAUUCAGCCACCGAGUACGAAGUUUCUUCCGAUUGGAACGCGUGUGUGCGCGCACUGGAGCCCGCAGUAUCGAUGCUUUUAUCCCGGAACUGUUACUGAAGGUAGGUUUUUAAUGCCCAGCUGCAAUGUUUUUUUCAAAAGAAGCAGGUAUCAGCACAGUCGGUUAGUGCGCUGCAUUCUGUGCGGGCUUCGAGCUGUUUUCCCACGGCAGGUGUGACUAUCCUCUCACGCCAACUUCAUAGGGCUUUGUUACGCGUUCCUCCGUGGGAUGCCGAGAUGUGACCCUAAAUCCUUGUUUCGACUUCUUAUCUUUCCGUGUAUCGUUAAGUAGCUUUAAGUACCUGUAAAAUGGAGCAAUGAUGGAGAGAGAGAGGGGGUGGUGGUGGGGGGGGUUGAAAUGAGCGCACCGUCGGCCUCUGGUUUGUCAGUCUAAUGUACUAUUUAGACUUGCCGACGUAAAAUAAGGACCUCGUUCAAUACGCAGUAUCACAGGGAUUCAUAUAAGUUAUUAUUCGUAAUGGAAAAACGCCAUCAUGUACAGUAUAAAUUGAUUGUUUUUCGUUUGCUUGCCUUUAGCACCGCAAGACGAAAAGGAGGUAGAAGGCAAAAUCUGGAUCGAGUUUGAUGAUGGAGACAGUGGAUUCUUUCAGUUGGAUGAAAUCAAACGAAUACACCCAGACUUCCCUGUGGAAGGUACAGCUACCCCGCUUCAUCUCUUGAGGGUUUUUUCGAUUUUUUUCAGCAGUACAGAUCGUCACUCUUCUUCUGUUAUAAGUGAGCCAAUCAACUUAACUGGCAGAGUUUCUGAGUUACCUCUUUUUCAAAAUGAAUCUCGGUGCUUAUCUUUCAAAGGGAAAUAUAUUUCACUCACUCACAAAUUUACCACAUUUUCAUAUGAGAACUUGUGCACCAGGUCUCGCUUUAAUAAAAAGUCUUCAGGCAACUUGAACCGUGUUCAUCGUAUGGUUUAUCGUUAGUGAUUUUUCUUGAUUUUCGUGACCUUUGUGCUUUAUUAAGGGGUGUUAUUCUACCGAGAAGUUAGUUGUUGAUCAUCUUCGGAGCAUUAUUAGCCGUUCUUUGUGUGGUCACGCACGCGAGUCUAGGUGCGUCACGACACACAGGACGGCUGGGCAAGGGACUAGAACUUAAGGGUUAAUUCUGCUUUUUUGUACUACAGGGGCAGACUCAACUCCCAUCCUGCCGGAGAAAAGGCCUCGAUCCAGUUCCUUUGGCAAUUCGCAGCCCACGGCGAUCAAGGAUUCAAGUUCUAGGCUUCGAGCCGAGGAGAACACGUCCGAGUUCUCAUCUGGAAACGAGAGCUCCGGAGAGAUUCAAGCAAAAAGAAGGAGAUUGCGAGGGAAUAGGAAAAGCAGGGAUGAUUUGUGGCUUCUUUCAAAGCGAGUGGAUAGCGAUAGUAAGGAAAGUAACGCAAAGAAGCGAGAAAUCCAUCGGAAUAAGGCGAAGGAGGCUGAAAAGCACGUUGUUGACAGCACGGGGUCUCUUGCAAAGUUGAAAGAUAAAAACUAUGACAGUAAGGAGAGCCAAGAGAAUAAGGUUUUGGAUGCGCCACAAAAACAGAAAUCAAGCAGAAACCGCGGUAAAGUAGAAGUGGAGUCGAAAGAAGCGACGAAAAUUGCGGAGAGUAUAAAACAUAAUUUACCGUCUAAUGCGUCGGCGGAACUCAAAAAAUCCGAGAAGGAAAUUCAUUCAAGUGACUCCUCUUUUAAAUCAGGAGAUUAUGAAAACAGUGGUAAACAAUCAUCCGAUAAGGUGGGCGCUGUGGUGGGAAACAGCGCUGAGUCUUCUGACCAAGGUGAGGACAGCGACGCGAACUCAGAUGUUGAAACGCCGAAACAGGAAAAAGGACUUCGUGCAAGUACAAAAGGGUCCUCAAGGACAUCUGAAAAGGACCUUAGAAGGAGGUCACUUACUUUGAGUCUUAAUAGCUCCUUUCGUUCCACGCGAACCGAAGGCGAGAGCCCUACGCGUGACGUUUUGUCUGCGUCUCAAGACGAGGACAGUGAAUCUUACAGUGACGCGUUUGACGAAAGUCCGCUGGUCGAAAAUAAGUCUUUCCAGGUGGGCUUGUAAACAUUCUAUAUGGCAUUUUAAAGCGUUUUAGAGCGAACUAAACAGCGCUUGUUUGUCGUUGAAAAUUUAUGGCGGCACUCGUAGAUAAAGAACACGCGAUCGAUCGAGCGUUGCAGAUGUAGUAUGUUGUUUCACGUCCGAAAAAGUGCGCCUACAAAGCAAAGGAGCUGGGUGGGGGAUGUUGGGGGUGGACGGUGGUACGUAUGAAUGUCUCGAAGGAAAAGCAUUCUAAUCUUGGCUUUGCCUUUCUUUUUUCCAAGCAUAAAUCAAGGUUUUUGUGGGGGAUGCCAUCUUCCCACAAUCAACCCGCCCUCCCCACACCCUCCUCUUGCCCUCUUUCAGGUCAUUCUUUCUGCUGGGCACUGACAAAAUUUAGAAUGAUAAGAUGACAAUGAUGUGGGUGUAGUUUGCUAAUUGUAAGGGCGCAUUCCACGAGUCACAACUGGUCGGCCAAAUUCUGUGUGCAUCAGUGUGAACUCUGAAAAAAAAGGCCUAUUUCGUUUUCAAGACGAACGGUCUGGCCGACCAGUUCUGACUUUUCGGCAAGCGUCGUGACUGACUUCUUGAAGGCGUGAAGACACAUGUAUUGACCACUACAGAAAAUACCAUAACGUACCAUAAUGCUCUUUGUUUGUCACCCCAAAAUUUUGCAUAAGCAUUCUCUUCAGUUUCUCUUGGGAGUUUGGGUUGACAAACAAAGAGCAUUAUGGUAUGUUAUGGUAUUUUCUUUUUGGUCAGUUAAGAUGUUGCCUGAUUUUCAGUGUAGUUUUUUUCCACCCUUAACGCAUGCGCAUCUGUUCCUUUUUCUUGCUAAGUGACUUAUUGACAAGCAUUUACUUACGGCAACUGUUUAUGUUUUGUUUGUUUUCAGCCUCGCCUAGGCAGGAGACGCCGUUCAGAACUAGAUCGUCUUCAAGUAGACAUGAAGUUUUCAGGUAAGAGGUGAACAGACUCAGUUUUCUCAAGGCGUAACCUUAAAGAAGUGUUUUACAAGGACCCACAAAUCUACAAAGGCCUGAAUGUUACUACCCAUCAUCUUAACCGAUAACUCUAAAUUUUCUUAGUCCUUAAAGAAUGUAAUUUCUUGGUCUUUAACAAUGUUGUCUAAUUUAUUUUUUCAGGGCCACUUUGGCAGUGGUCUGGAAAAAAUUUCCAGAAUAAACGAAAAGGAAAGGGAAAGAAAGUCUUCUAUAAAGCUAUUGUACGAGGAGACGAGACGAUCUCUGUAAGUAAUGCAGCUUUUUUCGCAGCACUGUGUUUCUUGCUUUUCUACUCCGUAUUACUACAGUCCCUAUUCUUCUCUUAUCUCCAAGUCUUUUUUUCAGUAGGCUUUAUUUUGAUUUGGCGUCGUAAAUUAAUUUCGCCUGCAAAGCAAAAUGAAAAGUGGAGCCCAAUUUAAGUGCAAAGCACGCGAAACAACAUAAGAAAGCCUAUUAAUAUUUUUCUGAACGCACGCUUUUACUUAAGAGACUUGCAUCGGUGAAGUAAGAUCUUUGUUGCGCAUGCUCUGCAUGGUGCUAGGAUACAGUUUCGAACGAAGGCCUAAUGGCUGUGCUUGUGGCACAGUGGGCCCAGUCAUGAUUAUUCAAAGGCUUGACGCGGUUCAGCCAGACCGCCCUUUUCUCCCACUCGAUCAAGAAGAAGAGAAAAGGAGGCUCUGCUCGCAUGGUGAAGGGACCGGGGACUUUUUCCCUCUUUCCUUCCCCUUCCUUCCCCCCUCCUCCUCAACGCCUUUAAUUAACCGCCAAAGUAAACGUUUAUGAAGUACUGACGUAUCUUUGAAUAACGAAAUGACUACUGUUGAUUGACAGGUCGGUGAUUGCGCAGUUUUCAUGUCCAACCCAACAAAAAAUCUCAAUCUUCCCUAUGUUGGUAGGAUCGAGAGCAUGUGGGAGGGGUGUGGCGGCAAUAUGGUAGUGAAAGUCAAGUGGUUCUACCACCCGGAGGAAACAAAACCAGGAAGAAAGCCCUCUGAUGGAAAGGUAGGCACUUUUGAAUCAGUGGUAAUAUGCAUGUCUUAAAAAAAGGCAAAUGUGAUGUUUACGAGCAACAGAUCAAAAGCAUUUGUUAGACAAAAAACUUGGUGACUCUAUAGGGAAUGCCUUCAUCAAAGAUAACACGUCUUGAUUUGUAAGCAAAUUUUAAAGUAAAGAGCAAUGUACAUGAUAUGCAUGAUGAUAAAAUUGCCAAAAGGGAACUUCUAAUUCGAGUGCUGGUCCUCGUUUUUGCCCUCUUACCUGUAGCCUGCGUGCAGACGAUAACUAAACUCUGAUUAGUACCGUCUGCGAAGCAGCGCAGAGAUCCUUGUUCUGGGCCCCCAACGGACUCAACGAAUUACCGGAAGUGCGUUUCGAAUUCUCCUUCAACCUGAUUGGCGAUCACGACAAACAAAACAAAGCCUUUUUUAACUGGCCAAUCGUGGCGCGUACUCAAAUCUGGGUACACAGCUGGAAGUCCAGAACAAGGAUUUCGGCGCUGUUUCGCAGACGGAGUUAACCAGAGUUUAAUUUCGUCUGCGCGCAGGCUACCUUACCUGGUGCAGUUUUCAUUGAGACAAACUGUGCCCAUUGGCGGACUUUCUUUCACUUUUAAACCCUACUAUCAGCAUGCUCAUCCUCCACAAUCUUCUUUUGUAUUUUUCCUGUGGUACUGAUGAGGAGAAUUUGUUCAGUAAUCAAGGCCUUUUAUUCCACCUGUUGAAUCUAUUAUUUAACGCUCAAAGCUUAUAUCAAUCUGUUACACAUACGGUCAACUCUCUAAGACGAACCUCUCUGGGACCUUCACGAAGUGUGCGUCUAAGAGAUGUGUCCGUAUGAUACUGGAAAUGAUCCUCUCGGUUAAACAACCCAAGCAGUUGAAAAAGAACCUGUAAUGUCAAUAGAGGGAGCAAAGAAAGGCAGGGACCAACUCUAGGUGUCCGUUUUACAGAGGUGUUCGUUAAGAGAGUCGACUGUAUAUCAGCAUGAGCUGAAGUAACUUAAUUUCUUUCCAUUGUUUCAGCAAUCUUUGUACCGCUCCACCCAUGUAGAUGAAAACGACGUACAAACCAUCUCUCACAAGUGCGAAGUGCUCACUCCUGAGGAGUUCAAACAACGCCUUCAGAGUCUCGACUCACCGAGUACCAGGACUUCUCUGUCAGACCGGGUGUUCUGCUGUAUCGGAAGCUACGACCCCAAUAACGAGACGCUACAGACGGAACUGUAA